AUGAUGAGGGCCGUACACGAUAUGUUCUUCUCCACGUCAGAUGGACAGCUCAAGUCCGACGCCUGCGUUGUCGUUACUGCCAUGGUCGUACUCACGGUACUACGGUUCCUGCUCGCGGGAUACGACGGACAAAAGGAUCCGCUGUGGAAGCCGCUGUUUAACGUCCUCAUCGACAAGGCGGAUGUCGCCAAACCGAAGAAGACCUACAAGCUCGCAGAAUCCCUGUGGUAUCUCUGCUGGCACGUAACGUCGCUGACAUGUACGAUUCUACUGCUGCGAGCCGAGUACGGCACGCCAGGGGAACCCAAAUGGCUCUACUACUUCCUCAAGGACCACAAGGGAAUGUGGUUUUUCUACGAAACCCUCACCGACGUGGAGAACAACACGAUCACGUGGCCCAACAUGCCGAUGUCCGGUGGCGUCAGGAUGCUCAAACUCAUCAGCAUGGGGUUCUGGAUGAGCUGCUGCUUGUACAUCCACUGGGAGACUAGGCGGUCGGACAUCCACAUCUUGCGGUUCCACCACUUCACCACAGUGGCCUUGCUGUUGCUCGAAUACUCGUACAGGUUCCACAGGACCGGGCUCGUAGGUUCAACGAACCCUCGCAACUCAUCUGGGAUGCAGAUUAUCAUCAUCCUGCACGACAUACCGGACGUGCUGCUCUUCACCACCAAGUGCCUAUCGUACUUAAGGCUUGUCCCUGAUCUCGUCACCGGAGCCGUUUUCCUGCUUUACGGAACCUCGCACUUCGUCUGCAGAUUGGUGAUGCUCGGCGCCUACGUAGUGAGGCCGCUGUUCUUCAACAUCGGCACCCCCGAGACCUACGAGUACGCAAUGAAGUACGUGUUCACAGUGCCCGGAGGGCUGCUGUGCAUAUGCCUCUUGACCAUUCUCACGGUGAUGAACAUCUACUGGCUCAACCUUAUCGUCUCCAUGAUCCGUAAAUUUGCCAGCGGCGCAGAAAUCAGUACGUAUCAUCGCUCAGCAACCUCACUUGCUGCAGAGGACGAACGUGAAAAGGAUGACUGA